UUUUCGUGGCUGACGCAGAGGAAGAGAAGCGUGGGACCGCGGUGUUGAGAGACGUCCUGUUAAACCUCCUGGAUACAUGAGAAAAUGGCAAACGUUUGCAUCGACAGUUUAAUCUUGAAGCUCCACGAUGUGAACGCGGUGAAGUUCGGAGAGUACAAGCUGAAGAGCGGCAUGCUGACACCCAUUUACAUCGACCUGAGAGUUCUCGUGUCUUACCCAGUACUCAUGAACCAGGUGUCAAGUCUCAUCUAUCAGCGAGUGCAAGAAGAGGGGCUACAGUUUGACUCGGUGUGUGGAGUUCCAUACACAGCCCUGCCUUUGGCCACAAUCAUCUGUUCUCAGAAUGAACUGCCCAUGCUCAUCAGGCGGAAGGAGUCCAAGGACUAUGGAACCAAGCGUCUGGUGGAGGGCACGUUUCGUGAGGGGGAUACAUGUCUGAUCAUUGAGGACACGGUGACCACUGGCAGCAGCAUCCUGGAGACUGCUGAAGUGCUCUACAAAGAGGGACUGAAGGUGACCGAUGCCAUAGUACUAAUGGACAGAGAGCAAGGCGGUGUAGAGAUGUUGGCUUCUGAGGGAAUCAAGCUCCAUCCCAUCAUUUCCAUGGCCAAGCUGCUCAGUGUGCUGCUGGCAGCCGAACGCAUCAACGCUGAAACCGCCCAGAGAGUCCGCAAGUUCGUCCAGGACAAUAACACUUUCAGCCCCAAGGAGGAGAAUGGCAAUCAUGUUCCUGCCACCAAGAAGCUAUGUGUGGAGCAGAACAUGGAGCUGAGCUAUGCAGACAGAGCCAAGCUACCAAACAUUCACCCUCUAGCAUCAAAGCUGCUGACGAUCAUGGAGGAGAAGCACUCUAACCUCUGCGUGUCCGCUGAUGUGACGAGCAGUGCGGAGCUCCUUCAGCUAGCAGACACUCUAGGUCCCAGCAUUUGCGUGCUGAAGACCCAUGUAGACAUCCUAAAGGACUACACGGGGGCCUUCAGCCAGAAACUGCAGGCUUUGGCUGAGAAACACAACUUCCUCAUCUUUGAAGAUCGUAAGUUUGCUGACAUUGGGAACACAGUUAAACAUCAGUAUGAAGGUGGUUUGUACCAGAUCUCAUCUUGGUCACACAUAGUGAAUGCCCAUGCGGUGCCGGGGCCCGGAGUUGUGAAGGGUCUGAGUUCUGUAGGAAAGCCUCUGGGCCGGGGCUGUUUGCUCAUAGCACAGAUGAGCUCCCAGGGCUCGCUGGCUACUGGCGAAUACACAAGGGCUGUGCUGAAGAUGGCAGAGGAGCAGGCAGACUUUGUGAUUGGGUUUAUCUGUGGAUCUAAGAUCUCCAAGAGGCCAGAGUUCAUCCACAUGACCCCUGGGGUGCAGAUGCAGGCUGGAGGUGAUGUUUUGGGCCAGCAGUACACCACGCCAGAGGAAAUCCUCCACAACAAAGGCUCUGAUGUCAUCAUUGUCGGUCGGGGUAUACUGGAGGCCCCUGAUAGGCUGAAAGCUGCUGAGUCAUACCGAAAGUCAGGCUGGGAGGCUUACACAAAGAGACUGGGCGAGAGCAGCCAAUAGGAGCAGUGGAGCAUCAACUCCAUCAUUACGUCUUAUUUUCAAAUUUAAGCUACAUAUCUAAAACAGACCUUUGCAGAUGAUCUGGGCAUACUUUUUGUUUUGUUUUUUGUACAUUUUCAAAGAACGCAAGUGUGCACAUAGUUGUAUACCUAGAAACAUAUGUAGAUGUGCUCAUCUGCACACGAAACCGCCACAUCGAAAUGCACACCUGUUCCUACACAACAGUUUAUUAACAUUUGCGAGGGGUACCCGGCAGAUGUGGGGAAUUGGACGCUUUACUGUUGAAUGUGUGGAAUUGUGUUCUCUUGAUUCUGUCCUAUGAAAAAGCUGCUUUAAAUUUGUUCUUUUGAUUCCCUCCAUUUAACAUGCUGCAGAACCUGACCUGAAGUUUAUCUGCUAAGGUACUUCUGAACAAAUUUAAGAAAAGGUUUCCGUGUUCCUUUUUAGAUUGGGUAAAUUCCUCCUGUCCAGGUCAAACUAUGCAGAGUUGGAGAUAAAUCGUGUCACAUAUCUUUGUGAAAGCAGGAAUACAAGGUGUCAUCCCCUUGACAAAAACUACUGCUUUGGCACAAACCCCCAUUCCUGUGUAUGCUUUCAUAUAAUUUCUGAAAUGCUAGACCAAGAUUUGUAGCACAAAUUAUAGUGGGUAUGGCUAAUUCUUUUUAAUUGUUGUAUUUUAUUUAGAUUGAAAUUCCAGAUAUUUUUGUAUUUUGAAGAUAGUCUCUCCUCAAAACUCCUUCAAAGUACAGCACCUGACACCACCUAACAAAUCUCUGCUAGUCACAGAGUAAUUCAUUGUUAAACCACCUUCACAUCAAUAUUAAGUUGAUUUUAAAUUUACACAAGUUCAUUUCGUAGCAAAUGGAACAGCUUGGUCAGACAUAGUUCAGUAAUGUACGAUAGGUUUCAAAUUAAAUCUUGACUGUGAUCCUGACUUGUCUUUUGAAAUGUUUACUCUUUACAUUUACAAAAUUGUGUUUGAUACAGCUGCAGUUGUUCAUUAGUUUGGAUGAUCAGUGUCUAGCCCCUCAGAUCAUUCAAAAUGACAAGAUGAGGGAAUGCUGAUGGCAGCCAGGUUAGUCGUUAAAACUGUCUUAAGUCCAGUGUCUGCCAUCCAUAUUGCUUAAUGUAAAAUGACAAAUAUUGAGGUGAGGCAUUCAUUUUUCUACCAAGAUAUAAAUUAAUUUAUAAUGUGACAUCACUGUUUGUGACAGAGUUUUGUUUAGAUGAGAGAAUUGCCUUCAGAUUAAGACUCCUCCCUUUAAUUUUAGACAGAAGUUGAAUUUUGUAAACUUUAGUCCUGGAUCCAUGGCAGUUGUGCUAUUACUACUAGCCAUGCAGUGAAACGGCUCCAUGGUAUUCUCCUUGAUUUAAUGGCUUAAUGUGGAGUUCCUUGUCUUACAGAGGCCUUGUUCUGUAAGACUUUUAAGACUCAAAGAAAUGCAAUGCUUUCUUUUUGUAGUGUGACAAUAAACAUUUAAAUAAAUCAUGUUGAAAAACUG